AUGUGCCUGGUACCAGAUCUGUCAUUCGACAGCAACAUCAUCACAUUUGAUAAUGACCCAACUGAAAAAGCUAUCAACUGGCUGACUCCAAUCUCAUGGGCUUCCAGAUUUAUUUUACAGCCUAUUGUCCAGAGAAUAAUAUGUUUUUUGAAGCAGUUUGUGACACCAUUCUUCUCUGACAUUGCAGAAAAAUUCCACUGGUGUGCUGAGUGGCAUGAGCAGAGAUACCCAAAUGCCAAGCCCCUGUUUGGGUGCUUCUGGAACCUCUGCGUGAAUGGAAGUGGCUUUGACCACACUCAAAAACCUGGCUGGUUCUCUAGGAGGCUGGAGUUGUUAUUGAGCUCCCUUCAUGGGUCUUUUUGGCAUACCCAUCCUCACUUCUGUACCACUUCAAUAUUGAUGUUGAUGGUAGCUUUUGAUAACAGGGCACAUAUUGAGUUGGCAGGUCAUCUCACAUGCAAGUUUAAACAUCACAAUAGUGUCACAGUGUGUGACAUCACUUCUUUUCUUCAAACACAACCCAAUGAGCUGCCCACAACAACCACAACAUGA